GCAAUGCGUGACUCAGCACGUGUGCUGAUUGGCUGACGGAACAAGGGUCGAAAGCGACAGCUCGAACAGGAAAACAACUCAAAACAAAACAUUUUCAUACAACCUCCGUUCGAACAUCGCAGUGUCCUAAUAACAGUGAAGGUGACACGUGCAACAUGAAUAGUGCAGUCAGACAGAUCACUCUGGACACAGACCCGGGGAUCCCUUAUUUCCUGCGAGUCGACUUUGCCGGCAACCUCGGUGCUGGGUUCGCGCUAGCUCUCUCCGAUGGCGUCUCUGCAUGGAAUGGAGAAGUUUCAGAAGACGAGGUUAGGAGGAAGGCCAAUGACAUGGAGGUCCCGAUGGAGAGUUUUGUCAAGGAUCUUCAUCAAGCACUGAUUGGUGGCGGAUGGGCCAGAGGGGGCGGAAGGAGAGACCGUGACGUAGACAUCUAUUCUUUCGAACUCACCCUGGAUCGCCGGCAAUUCUCUUAUCACAAAAUUUGUGGCGGCGUCCCGGUGCACUUGGGCUCUUUGAAGCUUCAGCCUGCUCCGCACCCAUCCGCGCUGACCCGGGAGUUGAUUGGCCAGUCGCUCAAGCGCAACUCUCAUCUGAUGAAAGAAAACUCGCUGCUGUUGGAGGAGAACCGUAAACUGAAAGAGGAUCAUGCGCAGAUCCUUCAAGAGCUGGAACAUCAGGUUCAGGAUAAGGAAACAAUGACGAGGGACCUAUACGCCCGUUUUGUUCUGGUGCUCAAUGAGAAGAAGGCCAAGAUCAGAAGACUCCAGGAUGCUCUGAGUCAGCUCCCGCCGACAGCCUCCGUUCAGAGGAAGCAAAGAGAAAAUGACACCUCUUCCGGUGAAUACGACAGCCCAGACAGAAGAGAGGAGACAAUUCACGACAGCCAUUUGUUACUGGAACCAACCAUCAUUACCACAGGGCAUAAUCAGAUCAGCCAGGGUUUCUCUUUGGACCACACCGUUUCUCUUGAUGAGAUUGCUCAAGCCAGAUGGAAAGUAACGGAAACACUUGCCGACCAGAGACCGGGAACUUCUAAAAUGGAAUGAAAUCACAGCCUGCGUAAAGACACCAAGUGGUGCCGUAAAGCAUGUGAUAAAGAGGAACCGAGCACUCCCCCCCGCCCCGCUCCGAGCUCUCCAGGCCAAUGGAUGGCGUUGCCACUAAUGACUUGGAGAACGCGUUUGAGACUACACCACGAGCACGGAAGUCAUUUUUCAACAGUUGGACAUUGCCUCAAACUCGGCAGCCUUGGCUCUGGGUGAGAUCGACGACAGAGCAACAUCUUGCGCGGGCUACACCCAGAAAACAGAGUCUCAUCACCAGGCAACCGCUUGUUACUUUGUUGCCGCUUAUUCAUCAUACUGAACUGAGAAUUCACUUCAUUCCCCCCCCCCCCCCCCCCUACUAUGUUGAAGUGAAAUAUAUGCCAUAUGCCUUCAAUAAAAAGACCAAAGAAAAGAAGA